AUGCCACAGGACGAACCCGAUAUCCACAACUUUUCAACGUCGUCAGAACAUAGGCUACCAGCAAUAUCUGGCGCGCAAGCACUCCAGGAUGAACUGCAGAGAGCCAGAGGCGUGCCCACCAGCCUGCCCAGCCUCGAUCGACGCCUCAACCAACGUAAUUCGGCCAUACCCUGUGAUGGCAUCCGAUGUGGACAUGUCACAGAGGUAUAUGGACCACCAGGGUCAGGCAAGACGACCUUUGGCGCCCAAGUAUCAGUCAAUGCACUACACGCUAUGGAACCAGACGCGAAGGCCGUCUGGAUUGCUGCUGGAUCUCCUCUGAUGCAGACUCGCUUCGACGAUCUUACUGCAGCGUACAUCCAUCGAGGUGGCCAAGAACUUCCUUCUUCGCCGCCACAGCCACCUAACCAGGAAGGAAAGCGUGUGGACAACUUCAGCUACAAAGAAGUGCGCUCGUUGCCCCAUCUGCUGGCCAUGUUGAUGCACCCAACUACCCUCUUUCCCCCGCCACACACAAAAAUUCUCGUCAUUGACGGUCUGCCAAAUAUUCUGCAGAGCGCAUUUCCGCGGCGACUUCGACAGGAGAACGGCACAAACACGAUUCUGCAGGAAAACGCCGCAAAGAAGGCCGCCGGCAGGCGCUUUCAACUGAUUGAGAACCUGGCAUCCGCUCUAUCGCGACUGGCAGCCGCUCGACACAUCGCAAUCGUGAUUCUCACCAAUACCAUCACAAGCGUAAAGGGUGGUCAACGCGCAAUCCUAAAGCCGGCAUUGUCUGGACACGCUUGGGAUGCCGCAAUCCACACCAGGAUUCUCCUCUACCGGGACCUCUACCCCCAAGAGCACAAAGCGAAGCUUAAUCUCCAGGAAAAAAGAAGUUACCGCAUAGCUGAGGUUGUUCGAUUGGGCGCUAAGGACAUCCUGUCUGACCCUGUUCCUUUCGUGAUCGAGACUGGCGGGCUGCGAGAACUUGACAUCUACACUCAACUCCCUGAGGCUGCUGCUCCUCCCGUGCCGAGGGAGGCCGAAGAAGAUAUGCUGCUGCAGAUCCGUACGAGUCAGCCCGAUCGGCUCCCAGCACCUCCGAUUGACCCAGAAGCCAUACUUCCAACAGCGUCUCAACUACUCAGAGAUGCAACCACCACCGCUGGAGCAAGCCCACUACCGGUACCACUCCCUGCAAAUAUAGUAGAUCCGGUGCUCGACGACUCUUCCAGCUCCCAAACGGGUCCCAAAAAGCGCAAAGCCGUCGAGAUAGCGGAUAGUGAGGAUGAGGACGAGGAUGAGACAGCACCGUCCGCCGGCACUGUUCCCCAGGAGCAGAAUGCAGCGGCGGAAAAUGACACAACCGAAGAGAUGCUCUUUGACGAACACGGACGACAUAACAGGACGACUUGA